UUGACCUUUUUACAUCAAUUUCGCAACUGCAAUUCAAUUUAAAAACAUACAAGAGCUUAAUGAGCGAAGAGCGAAUGUCCCGCGCACGCAGCACGCAGGCGUUUGGUGGAGCGCAGCACCUCAUGGGACUCCAGCUGUUCGUGCGCCUGGCCACCUUCAGCACCACUGCAAUAGUAGUGCACCUGGCCGGGUACUCGGCAUUCGGCGUAGCUUCCGUGCAGUUUGAGCUUUUGCUCUCGACUAUUCUUUUUUUAUCGCGCGAGGGCGUGCGCAACGCAGUGCUGCGCAUUGACCAGACAGACCGCGGCUCCAGCCAGCCGUCGGAUCAGGAGCAGCGGCUGAUCAACGCCGCCCUGCUGCCUAUCCCCGUCGGGGCACUGCUGGCCUGUGCGCUGUACGCCGUGUACUGCGGCGGGGAGGAGGCAGGCGUGCCGUACUAUGGCGCGGCAAUGGCUGUGUAUGUGGUGGCCGCCUGGGUCGAGCUAUGUGUCGAGCCGCUGUUUGUGCUGGCACGCGCGCGCGUCCUGUUCGCGGUGCAGGCGCGAUGCGAGGCCGUGGCCGUGUUUGUGCGGUGCAUGGCUGUGGCGCUGACGUUGUUUCUCGGAAGGCAAGGUGGCGACAACCGCUUCCGGCUGCUGGCGUUCGCUGUAGGGCAGCUGGCAUACGCGCUGGUCAUUCUCUGCGCGUACUCCUGGAUGAUGGCGCCGCGCCUGGGGUACGCCCUGCACAGAUGCUACCUGCCACGUCGCGUGCCCAUUGACGGCCAGCCGCCGCAGCUGGUCGGGCGGCGCACCGGAGAAAUAAUUGGCGUAUUCGUGGGCCAAUCACUGCUGAAACACGUGCUGACACAGGGCGACAGCAUGGCCAUGGCGCGGUUUGCGACAAAUGAAGACAUGGGUUUUUUUGCGCUGGUGUCCAGCUACGCGUCAAUACCUGCUCGCGUCCUGUUUUUGCCGCUUGAGGAGGCCGCGCGCGCUGUGUUUGUGCGCUGUGAGCCAAGCGUGGCGCUGCAUGUUCUGGCGACGCUGGCGCGCGGGCAGCUGCUGCUGGGAUGUCUGCUGCUUGUUUUUGGCACGCUGUAUGCGCCUGUCUUGCUUCCGCUGGUGGGCCAGGAUGCUGCUGUGGCUCGCGUGCUGGCUGCGUAUUGCGCAUACUUGCCCCUACUGGGACUCAAUGGGUUUCUCGAGGCCUUUGUGCACUCUGUUGCGUCGCGCGGCCAGCUGGUGUGGGUCAACAUAUGGAUGGCCGUGUGUUCUGUCAUCUACGUGGCCGUCGCCGUGCUGAUGCUGACGCGGUGGCGGAUGGGCGCCCUUGGCAUGGUUCUGGCCAACAUGCUGAACAUGGCCCUGCGCAUCGUGUACUGCUGCCACUUUGCCUGCACAUGGUUGGUUCAGAAGCAGAUGCAGCUGCCGCGCGUUUGGGAUUUGGUGCCUAAUCCGGCCGUUCUGCUGGCCUGUUUGACUGCUGGUUCUCUGUCAGCUGCGACCAUUGGGUACAUUGAACCGGUAUCUGCACUCACCCGCCUGGUCACCUUGGCUGCCGGCGGAGUGCUGGGGUUGGGAGUGCUGGCUGUCAUCUGGAGAUGUGAACGCACAUUUAUCAGUGCUGCGCUCGCGUUGAGAUCACCGGCCAAAGUUAAAACAAAUUGAAUAAGGCUGUAAUAUAUCACGGCGUUUUUUCCUUUUCUCCGUUUUGCUUAGAUAAUAGCAAAUUGCGAAAUUGUAAUUUUUGAUUGAACAAUUAUAUUCAGGCAUAUGCA